AUGUCUCCUUGUUGUGCCGUGCCGGUAUGUCUUCGUAUUCUGUAUGGAAAUUAUGGACCCCCCUCGUUUCAGAUGGCGUCCUAUCAAGUACCGCCUCUUCGUGCCGAAGGAAUGGCCCAUGGCAAAGAAUCCCGUUCUUGGAUGGAAGAUUAUCUGGAAGGAAAGGAUGAAAUUCUUCUGUAUAUAACGGCUGCUCUGGGAGUUCUUAUGCCCGGAUUCGUAUAUUUGCUCUUCCACAAGUGUCACGCCUACUACGAAAGAUACGCAAAGAAGAAGGAAGAACAGCGUCUGGCGGAAGAAGUAGCUCAAUCGGAAGCCGUCGUAAUUGUGCUCGGAUCAGAAGACGGACUGGCUGCUCCGUGGGCUAAAGUGAUCCACGAUAAACUAUGCGAUGAAAUGGUUCGGAAGCCGUUGAUCUAUUGGUCCGACUCUAUGGACGUAAAGGAGUUGAUGGCAUUCAAGGGAUUUUGCGUGUUCAUCGCAGAAACGACGGCUGGCGGACAUCCGACGCCUUCUUCCGAAUGGUUUCUCGAGUGGUUAGAAGACUUGGCCGCCGACGCGAAGCUCAAAAAGAAAGCAAACUUCGACAAGAUCCGUUUUUCUAUAGUCGGCUUCGGAAGCAGCGAUGAUGGACACACCGGAUUCAACAAAGUGGCACGGACUCUCCUCAAAAGACUCAAAAUUGUUGGUUCGAAGCAAAUAACUGAAGUUGAGCUCUUCAAUACAACUGAUACUGGUCAGUGUUUGUAUGGCAUCUAAAGUGCAAAUAUUCGUAUUCCAGACAAACACAUAAUGGAACGAUUCGUGGAAUUCUCGUUCGAACUGCUCAUUCAGAUGGACAAGCAUCUGCCGGGAAUGGGCGGAGAAACCGAUGGAUCCGAGGGUGUUGAGUCGAGUUCCGCGAGUUCAGAUAAUUCUGACGAGGACGAAGAAAUGGAGGAGCACCACAAGAAGUCAAAGUGA